AUGAAAACUAGAAGUUCUUUAAAAUUAGAUUCCUAUGGAAUUAAAGCUUUACUUGGAAAGAAAGUUAUUAGGAAAAAGAAAUUUUACUUGGUUCAAUGGGAAGAUAAAAAUGAGAGCAAUUGUUAUGUAGCAGCUAGUAUGAUUUUUCAAUGGCCCUACCAAAAGAUGAUGGUUAUGUAUGAUGAUCUUGAAAAAAGUGGAAAAACUUGUAUUGUAAUAGAAACUAAAGACGUUGUUUUUAAAAAUAAAGUACAAACGAAAAAUGUUUUAACUAAAAAUAAAGAUCAAACGAAAAAUGUUGUAGCUAAAAAUAAAGAUCAAACGAAAACUGUUAUUACUAAAAAUAGAGAACAAACGAAAAAGAUUAUAAUUAAAAAUAAGGAACAACCAGAGGAAAAUAUAAUUAUAGUUGAUACACCUAAUAGAGAAAGUAUUUUUAAAAAUGAAGAACAUAAGAGAAAGAUUAUGACAAGAUAUAAAGAAAAACAGAGAAAACUUUUGAUUGAAUUUGAACGACAAAAACAGCUUUUGGAUAAAAAAAAAAAAGAGGAGGAAGAACUUUUGGCUAAAAAGAAAAAAGAAGAGGAAAAACUUUUGGCUAAAAAGAAAAAAGAAGAAGAACUUUUAGCUAAAAGUAAAAAACAACAAAAAGAUAAUUUUAUUGAUAAGAGAAAUAAUGUAUCCCAGAAUAACAGUAAGACUACAAAAAUAUGUGGUGUUUCUAAUUCAUCUAAUAAACUUUCAAAAAGGGUAGAAUUUAUAACACAUGGAAAAAUUUUAUUCAAGUAG